AUGUUCCUCAAGAUGAUUGCACUGGAUCCAUAUUACUAUUUUCAGUGCUCUUGGAAUGUUUUUGACUUCAUAGUGGUUAUCAUAAGCAUAAUAAACUUGGUGUUGAACAUGCGUGCACCAAUUUUCAGAACGCUGAGAAUCUUCAAACUUUCAAAAUUUUGGCCAGCUUUAAAUAAGCUUAUGAAAAUAAUGUUGAAAUCAGUGGGGCCUCUGGGUAACCUCACCCUUGUUCUCAUAUUCACUGUAUUCAUUUUUGCUGUGAUUGGCAAACAAGCCUUUGGGAAGUAUUACAGCAACGUCACCGCUAAUGCUAGCAUCUGCAACAGCGAUGGCACACUCAAUUGGGCUUCCAGUAAUAGUUCCGAGGUGUGCCAACUGCGCUGGCAUAUGAAGGACUUCUUACAUUCAUUUCUUAUUAUAUUCCGAAUUCUGUGUGGAGAAUGGAUUUCCACCAUGUGGGAAUGCAUGCAAGUUGCUGGGGAAGGACGGUGCAUAAUUCUGUUCAUGCUGGUCCUGGUUUUAGGAAACCUUGUGGUCCUCAACCUCUUUAUAGCUCUGCUGCUGAGCUCCUUCAGCAGCAGUGAUUCUGAAACAGAGGCAGAUAACCACAAUCCUCAACCUCAAAAGGCUUUUGCUCUCAUUCGAAGCGGGUUGCGAUUUGUCAGACUUUUCCUGUGGGAUUGGUGUUGCCAUGUGUUCCUGCAGAAGCUGAAGAGGGCAAGCACUAAGAACAAGAACAAGACAACUGUCAUUGAAAAGACCUGUGGCGCUGAGCCCAUGAAAGAGAUCUCAGAGGAUUUUGCUAGCAAGGAAACUUUCAGGAAUUGGGACAAACCACCAUGGGGUAGGAAACAGGAAAAUGUUGUGGCAGAUUCCAGUGAUGUGGCCUGUGUUCCUCUGGCUGAACUGGAGACGUUAAGUGCAGAGGAAGAAUGCAUUAUCACCGAAGUGGACCUUAGUGCCCUGAGGUCAGAAUAUGACACAAGCUGUUCAGAGACCAGCACUGUGGAUCAGAGAUCUCCCAUCCAUCACUUGCCUGUGGUCAAGAAGGAACCUCAUGACUGUUUCCCACAAGUCUUCAUGAAAUUCUUUCCAUGUUGCAGAGUGAAUAUCAAUGCAUUUCCCGGCAACACUUGGUGGAAAUUUAGAAAAACCUGUUACAAAAUUAUAAAACAUAAUUGGUUUGAAUCUUUUAUUAUAUUCAUGAUAUUAUUGAGUAGUGGUGCUCUGAUCUUUGAAGACAUUUACCUUGAAAAAAGAAAGAUGAUAAAAAACAUACUCGACUAUGCAGAUGUAUUUUUUUUCUGUACCUUUUUCUUGGAGAUGCUCCUCAAAUGGGUGGCAUAUGGCUUUAGAAAAUAUUUUACCAAUGGCUGGUGUAUUCUUGAUUUCUUUAUUGUAUGUGUUGUUGUGAACGCCCUUGCCUGUGCUAUCCCUUCCAUUGGAAAUGUGCUACUUGUCUGCAUUGUUCUCUGGCUCCCCUUUAACAUCUUAGGAGUGCAGCUGUUUGGAGGGAAAUUUUCAUGUAGGAAUACUGAAAAUAAGACCAAUUGCAUUAAUAACACUGUCAACUUUGAUCAUGUUGGGAUUGGGUAUCUGGCUCUCCUUCAGGUGGCAACAUUUAAAGGCUGGACGGACAUUAUGUAUGCUGCAGUAGAUUCAGCUAAUGAUACCUCUACCCAGCCAUGUUUUGAAAACAAUGUAUAUGCAUACAUUUACUUUGUGGUCUUUAUUAUAUUUGGAUCAUUCUUCAUGCUGAACCUCUUCAUUGGCGUGGUUAUCGACAAUUUUAACCAGCAAAGAAAAAAGAUACGUGGAGAACUCAUUUUUUUGUCCGAGGAGCAAAAGAAAUAUUAUAAUGCACUAAAAAAGCUUGGUACCAAGAAACCACAUAAGACCAUUCCACGACCUCUGAAUCAAUUCCAAGGAUUACUGUUCGAUAUUGUAAACAAGGAAGCAUUUGAACUUUUCAUUAUGAGUCUAAUUUUCUUAAAUGUGGUGGUCAUGGCGGUGGAAUAUGAAGGCCAAGAUAGGUCUGCUGAGCUACUUCUUGAAAAUAUCAACUGUGUCUUUGUUGCUAUCUUCACUGGCGAGAGCUUAGUGAAACUGUUGGCUUUGAGGCUUUAUUUCUUCAAAGAUAACUGGAACAUAUUUGAUUUGGUGGUUGUAAUUCUUUCAAUAAUCAGCCUUGCAGCAGCGCAGCUUUGGGAACAUCUCAAUUUCCCACCUACAAUCCUGCGAGUCAUUCGAGUGAUCCGGAUAAGCCGACUCCUGAGGCUGAUCAGAGGAGCGCGAGGACUCCGCACCCUGCUUUUUGCCCUGCUGAUGUCCCUUCCUGCUCUCACCAACAUUGGGCUCCUCCUUUUUCUGAUCAUGUUCAUCUACGCUAUUUUUGGCAUGGCUAAUUUUGCCUGUGCUAGUUGGAAGCAAGGGAUUGACGAUAUUUUCAACUUCCAAACAUUUGGCAAUAGCAUGCUUUGCCUUUUCCAAAUAACAACGUCUGCUGGCUGGAAUGAACUUCUUGGACCAAUGCUCACCCAUCAGGAUAACUAUCUUUGUGCUCUGAACAUCAACUCCACCCCGCAGAAGAGCCCCUGUGUGAAUAGUGGUGUGGCCAUUGCCUAUUUUGUCAGCUACAUCAUUAUUUCAUUCCUCAUUGUGGUCAACAUGUACAUUGCUGUCAUCCUUGAGAACUUGAAUGUUGCCACUGAAGAAAGCACAGAGCCGCUGAAUGAUGAUGAUUUUGAAAUCUUUUAUGAGAUAUGGGCAAAAUUUGAUCCCAAAGCAACCCAAUUUAUUUCUUACUCAGCCCUGUCAAACUUUGCAGAUGCCCUGACAGAACCUUUACGGGUACCAAAACCAAAUAGCCAAGAGUUGUUGUCCAUGGACCUUCCAAUAGUCAAUGGGAAUAAAAUCCACUGUUUGGAUAUUUUGUUUGCUUUUACUAAAAGGGUGCUGGGAGAAUCUGGAGAAAUGGACUCCCUUGAGUCCCAAAUCGAAGAAAAGUAUCCAGAGAAGAUUGCCUAUGAGCCCAUUGUGACAACUCCCAAGAGAAAACAGGACGAGUCUGCCAUCGUAAUCCAGAGAGCUUAUAGGAUGCAUCUCCUUCAGCGUGCAAGAAAGGCUGUAUCACAGGAAGCCUGUGUAAAUAUCUCCUUGGAGAAUAUUUCUGAAGAGGAAAGCCUAUCUGUGUUCAGACUGAGUGAAAAUGAAGGCAGCCAGUCCAGUAAUUCCCAGAGCCUGUCUUCAGUGGCCAUUCCUCCAUCAUACAGUAAUGCAACGAGCAUCACUCCUGGUGUUCAUCAGGGGAAGUUCUCUGACAGUAAUGAUGACACCAAGUAAUGGGCAGCUCACUGAUUUUUCUCUUGUCCCAACAGAGCUUUCCUGGAAAUAGAUAAUAACACUGUCAUAAAUA